AUGGACGUGAAGAAUAUGAGAAAUGAGUUCAUUCUCGAAGAAGAAAUCAACGUGUUUGAUGAAUACAAAUCAUACAUAAGUGAUAGUAGCAACAAACACAGAAACGAAAAAAACGUGUCAAGUCACUCAAGUAAAAAUUACAAUGAAGAGGAGGAAGAAGAGGACGACGACAAUAAACACCGGAAGGACAAGACUAAUUCGCGCACUGUGCAGGAUGGCCAGCAGGCAGGGAAUCCAAGCCGAACGGGUCGUCCAAAAAGGAACGAUCAGGAAAAUGUGACCAAUGAGAACGGUGACACUCACGCCAAUGACAAUGAUAAUAAUUUAAAGUCCCGCGAGAGGAGAACUCCAUCGGGGAAGGGUCAAUCCGGGAGCGCAGAAAAUAAAACCGUGUCUGUUAAGGACAAAAUGAGAGAAGACCCAUGUUAUGUCCCCAAGGAAGCAAGAUAUUUCUUACACGAUAACAGAUUUGAAAAUAAUGAUAAUAAAAGUAAGAAAAAAGCCAGUGAAAAAAAAAAAAUAGGAAACAAUAGAAUGACGUACAUAGAUGAAAAAAGGUGGAAGCAUGAUCUCUUUUAUGAUUAUAAAUACGAUGAUUAUUAUGGCAAGGACAGAACUCACAACAAAAAGUACAGCAAUGGUGGGUAUAGUAAUGGUGGGUAUAGUAAUGGUGGGUAUAAUAAUGGUAUGUACAGCAAUGGUGUGUAUAGUAACGGUAUGUAUAGUAACGGUAUGUAUAGUAACGGUGUGUACAGUAAUGGUGUGUAUAGUAAUAGGUAUUAUGGGGCCAAGAAUAAUAAACAUGAAAAAAAUAAUUACUCCUUAUCCUAUAAAAAUAAUAGCAAGGAUAAUUACUACUACGAUAAUAGCAGGGGAAAAAACUCCAAAGUUUUUAACUACAGUAAUAAAUAUUAUGGUGAAUCUGUGAAAGGGAAAAUUCCCAGUGUGAAAAAAGACAACAGAACAAAUGGCUUCUAUGAGAAGAAGCAGUUAGAUUUGUGUAAUGGUAAAGUCAAGGAGGGGAAGUUCCCCGAAAAGGAAGACUCAGGAAAAUAUGAGGAAGACGCAGGGGGAGGAGGUGACGGUGGAGGAGAUGGUGGUCGUAACGUCUCCAUUUUGGGUGUACCCCCAGAUGAAGAAUCCUCCCUGGCAGCAGACGCUUAUGGACAGAUGAACAAUGCGGAAAAGAAAACGAAGAAACAAACACUGCUCAAGAGAUGUAAAAAUGAAAAGGGCGAAUUGAGUCCCAGUGAGAAUAAUAAGCCUGUUGGUGAUGAGGCUGACGGAGUGGCCAAAGUCCCCGACGUGCGUGCCCUGGAUGGAGCACCUGCAACGAAUGAUGCGGGUGAACGAGACGAAGCCGCUGCAAAGAGCUACAAGGAAGGGCACCGCAAAUGCCAACAGGAUGAAAUGAAGGCGGACAAGGGAGGGAGUAAAGGUUCACACAGAAGUGAUGACAUGAGGGAAGGCAAAAGAGAAGAUGUUCUCAUCACCAAAAAUGCGCAAGAAGAGCGGGAGCCAAGCCAAACACAAAGUAACAACCAUCCAAGCAUAAAAAGAACAGACGCGAAGGAAAAAAAAGAAUUCGUAAAGGCAACUCAAAACAGUAGCGAAGGAAAAAAGUACGUUGCGCCCUACAAAUCCAAAAUGAGUUACAGCAACAGUAAUAACAAUCAAAUAGUGAAUGAGCGAGGUACCUCGAGCAAAUACCAAGGAACACGAUUCGUUUAUUUGAAGGACGACAGCUAUGCUUCCCAAUCGAGUUUAAACAAGAAAUACAAUAGUAAAAGGAAUUACCUGUAUGAGGACAAUUACAACAAUUCCAGUUCUUACGCCCAUGAAAAUAGUGGCAAAGCAGACUAUACAAGGAAGACAUAUUCCACGAAAAACAAAUAUCCUGGAUCCGCCUUAGGUGCGAAUGCCUCCUCGAAUACCCCCUUCAGUGCGAACAACAGCUACAGCAAUAGUAAUGGCCACAACGGAAUUGCCAAUUACAACAGAAACUACCACCACCCACAUAAUGACAAUGAGAGGAAGGGCUCAGAUAAACCACACAAUGAUGAACACACCCAUGAGAAGAACUACAACCCUAGUAGAGGGUUCCUUAGGGAAAACAAAACCUCAAUGGAGAGGGAAAAAAACGAAUACAAGUAUAGGUCCUCCAGGAAAUAUAUAAACAAUACCAGCAGCAGCAACACAGUUGGAUUGAAGAAAAAGAGUGAAACGAAGAGUGAAACAAAGGGCGAAGCAAAGAACGAAGCAAAGAGCGAAGCAAAAAGUGAAAGUGGUGCACAAUAUAAUGGGGAGGAAGAAACUGCCAAGAAGAAGAAAGAAAAAUAUGCAAGUAGGGAAAACGCUACAGAUAAGUCACCCACAUAUGUACCCCCAAGAAAAGCAGCCACUGAUGAGAAGGACGCAGACGACAAAUACGGAAGCAGCAAUGAUGAACAUGCAAAGGAAAACGAUACAGGAAGGGGAAGCUAUAAAAAGAAAAAAAAAGGGAACAGUAUGAGGAACUAUGAUAACACAGAUAGUUACAGAGAAAAAGGAAAACAGGAAAACGCCGACGAUACAUUUUAUUAUGAAAAUGAAAAAAACGAAAGAAGGUGGGAUGAUAAUAAUAGGUACUACAAAGAUAGUAAGAAGGAGAGGGAUAAAUAUGUGCCAAAUGGGAAAAAUGGAAAACCAGGGAAAUACGGAAAUGAUAUGAAGUAUGGAAAGAGCUAUGUGGGUAAGGGAAUGGACAAGAGAAGCCGAGCUCAGGAUGGCAGUAAUGCUGUGAACGAGGUGGUAGACGACCAGGUCAACUCAAAUAUCAUCAUUACAAGGGAUGUUGCAAAUGCGAGAAGUGAUGGUGGCAGGACGCGUGAGGAUACACAUCUGGUGGCUACCCACGAUUCGGGCAGAAUCAGGGCCUCCAAGGGCAAGGAACAAAAUAACGGUGUAAAAGUUCAGGAGCAUAGAAGGGGUGAUAAGGACGACGAAAUUGUCCAUGGCGAUGAAGCUAACUACCCUAAGAAGAACAGCUGCGAAGAGAACCACGCGGAACCCAGUCGCAAGUGCUAUACAAGGGAGAAUAACCCUAAACCCAACCAUGAGAAGGACGAAAACAAAAAUGAAUCCAACGCAGACGGAAAGGUAAACGUAACAGCCGAUCCAUCACUCGAUAAGAACAAAAAAGCGAAUAACAAUUUUGUACCUUAUGGAAAUACAUUCCCCAAAAAGAAAAAUAGAAACCAACAAAAUUAUGAAACGAACAAUGAAUACAAUAGCAACAGUGUGAACAAGAAGAACGAACCGAACAAUGCAUUCACGAAGCAAUACUCUCACAAAGGAACAUUUACAAAUAUAAAAAGGAAAAAGAAAGAAGAUUUUGUUAAUAACGCAACUCAACAUAGAGUGGUCACGUCAACAGGAGCAGGAAAUGAAUUCACCAAUGGAAAAGCCUUUAAUUAUAAAAAGAGUCCUGACGAGCAUAGCAGUACUAAUAUGGGUAGCAAUACACAGGUACCAUUCGGAGACAGCAGGAAAAAUGCCACAGGCCCACGUGAUACGAACAAGAAACUUCAGCCAAAUGAAAAGCGCUACGAUGGGUAUACAAAUGGGGAGAAACCCUAUGAUGGUAAUUUUACAAAUAAUGCCAAUCCAGGAUACGGGGGUGCAUACGGCUACGACGGUAAUUGUGUGACAAACGGAAAUGCGAAUGCCAAUGGUAACUGCAACGGCAACGGUGACUUCUACUACCCAGAAGGUUUCUACCCUCCCGGUGGUGCCAACUACAUGGGAGACAACCCCGCCUUCUUCGGUGACAAUCGCUACAUAAACCACCCCAUCAACGACCAUUACAUGGGCGGCAGCUACAUGACUAAUGGAUACAUGGCCAAUCAAAAUUACCUGAGUGACCCCAAUUACAUGGCAAACCAGAACUACAUGAAUGACCCCAACUAUAUGAACGACCCAAACUACGCGCGAAACAGGAACUGCGCAAACUAUGUGAACGACCCAAACUAUAUGAAUGACCCGAACUACGUGAGCAACCCUAAUUACGUGAACGACCCCAACUACCUUAACAGCCCGAACUGCAUGAACAACAACCCUAGUUAUGUAAACAACCCCAACUACAUGAACAGCCCCAAUUAUAUGAACACCCCUAAUUAUAUGAAUGACGGAUACGUACAUGAUGUGUAUAUGAAUAACACCUAUAUGAAUGGGGGAAGCACUUAUUACUAUGACCCCAUGUAUGCAAACUACCCCAACGAAAAUGAUCAGCACUACUACAACGAAGGUAAUAAGUACAUUAAGCAGUAG